AUGCCUGAUAGACAUAAGAUGAAGUUGUUCACCUUCAAUAAAUCCCAUACCGAUGAUGAAAGUUUAACCCCAUCCAAUUCAAAUCAUUCUCAUUCGGGUGGUAAAAAAUUCUUGGGUUUCAAUAUUGGGAAACAUGAUUCUUUUGAAUCUUUAAGUUCUCCUACCGUAAGUAAUUCAUCAGACCAUCAUAAUAAGGACGCAAUUCAACAACUCCAACAACAAUCAAUGGCAGGAAGUUCUACUGGUCUGCCAACUAUGAAUCAUCCUCAGAGAAGUGGAAAUAAUUCUCCCAUUACUUCCAAUAUCAAUAAAGAAGAUUCCAAUCAUGCUUUUAUGAAAUCUAAUUCAAUGGUAGAGUUAAAGAAAUUUUUCAAACCUAUCAAGAAAACUUCAAACUCUAGAAGAAAUGAUGGAGGUUAUGACAAUAAAUUACAUUCUCCUCCUCCAAUUGCCCAUCCACACACUCAACAUAGAGAUUUGGCUUCUGUAAGUUCAGGAGGGGUUCACAGUAGAGAACAUUCCUCAACUUCUUUAGCUAUUUUGAUCAAUCAAACAUCCAAUCAAUUAUUACAUCAUGCAUCAUUGAAUAAUGGUCAUAAUAACCAUGCUAAAGCUCCUUUCACUGAUGAUGAAUCACCUUUGGUACAAAAAUAUGGUAAAAUUGGUAAAGAAUUGGGUAGUGGUGCUGGUGGAUCAGUUAAAUUAAUUAUCAGACCUUCAGAUUCUAAAACUUUCGCUGUUAAAGAAUUUAGGCCCAGAAGAAAUACCGAAUCUUUGAAAGAUUACACCAGAAAAUGUACUGCUGAAUAUUGUAUUGGAUCAACUUUAAAACAUCCUAAUAUUAUCAAAACUAUCGAUAUCAUUCAUGAAAACAAUCGAUACUAUGAAAUUAUGGAAUUUGCACCCAUAGAUUUUUUUGCCGUUGUUAUGAGUGGAGAAAUGUCCAGACAAGAAAUUAACUGUUGUUUAAAACAAAUCAUCGAAGGGGUUAGUUACUUACAUAGUUUGGGAUUGGCUCAUAGAGAUUUGAAAUUAGAUAAUUGUGUUUUAACUACUGAUGGGAUAUUGAAAAUUAUUGAUUUUGGUAGUGCGGUAAUAUUUAAAUAUCCAUAUGAUCAAUAUGGAAAUUCUAAAGAUUCAAUUCAUCCAUGUCAUGGAGUUGUUGGUAGUGAUCCAUAUUUAGCUCCAGAAGUAUUGAAAAAUUCCAAUUCUUAUAAUCCUCAACCAGUUGAUUUAUGGUCAAUUGCUAUAAUUUAUUGUUGUAUGACAUUAAAAAGAUUCCCAUGGAAAAUUCCUAACCCUGAAAAGGAUAACAGUUUCAAAUUGUACUCCAUGGGUGAUGAUAAUUGGCAUGAUUAUAAAAUCAGUAAUGAAUGUCAUAAAUUAUUAUUACAACAAAGAAAAUUAAAGAAUAUGAUUGUGAGAUCAAAUAAGAGGAAGAAAUUAAUUGAAAAUGGAGAUGCUAUGGAUCAAGAUAAUCAUCAUCCUGACAGUGAAAAUCAUCCUCAAGAACAAAUCAGAGAAAAAUCUCAAGAAACCAGACCUAAUGGUCAAGAAGAUGAAUCUAAAGAAGAAGAAGAAAAAGCUGAAAUUUUGAAUGAUGAAAAGAUUGAAGAAAUUUAUAGUGAAUUAAAAGUUAUUGAAAAGAAAUUGGAUGAAUUUGAAAUAACUAAACUGGAAAUGAAAAAUAAAUUCCUUGAAUCUAAAACAUCUGUUAAAGCAGAAGUUGAAGUUGAAGAUGAUACUAAGAAGAAAUCUCAUAAACAAAUUCAUGGUCCUUAUAGAUUAAUGAGAUUAAUUCCUCAUGCUUCCAGACCUAUAAUCUCCAAAAUGUUACAAAUAGAUCCUGCUAAAAGAGCAACAUUAGAAGAAAUCUUGAAUGAUGAAUGGAUCAAAGAUAUCAACUGUUGUACUUUGAAAAAAAUUGUUAAAAGUAAUGAUAACAUAAGUGCUGGAGUAAAUUUUGAAGAAGAUGAAGAAGAUGUUUUAGUUAAAGGCAGCCCCUCUCAUAAGCAUACAAUUGUCCUUGAUGAUGCCUCGAAUUAA